AUGAAUGAUGUUGGUGUUUGUGCGUUUCUUUGGACAUUUUGUUCUCAACUUGUUCCAUGUGGAUCAUCACAAGAAUGUUUUCAUCCAGAUUAUAUUUGUGUUCAUCAUUCUCGAUGUAGUGAACAUCCAAUUUGUUAUCCAUUAUCGAUGACAGAACAAAACAUUUGUCCAUCAUUAAUUAAUGGAAAAGUCAUCAAUGAGACGACAACAAUGGUUCCAAUUGAUACAACUACGAUGAAAUUGGAUACGACAACAAGAGGAGUCAAAUUCAACAAAUGGAAACAAAAUGCAGUGACCAUUGUUGGGACAAAUGAAGACAAACAAAAUCAUCUUUACUCUCCUCAUGGAAUUUUUCUUGAUAAAGAUCAAAAUCUUUUUUUUGCGGAUGCUGAAAAUCAUCGAAUUAUUCAAUGGAAACCAAAUGAAAAUCAACGGAAAAUUGUUGCAGGUGGAAAUGGAAAAGGAAAAGGAAUUGAUCAAUUGAAUUAUCCAACAGAUGUGAUUGUUGAUGAAGAAAAUAAUUCAUUAAUCAUUGCUGAUUUUGGAAACAAUCGAAUAACUCAAUGGUCAUUGAGUCAAAAUCAACAAGAAAUUCUCAUUGAAAAUAUGAAUUAUUGGAGUUUAACAAAAGAUACAUAUGGAUAUCUUUAUGUUUCGAAUUGGGGAAAUAAUGAAGUGAGAAGAUGGAAAAUUGGAGAAAUCAAAGGAAAAGAAGGACAAUUGGUUGCUGGAGGAAAUGGACAAGGAAAUCAACUUAAUCAGUUCAAUGGUCCUACGUAUAUCUUUGUUGACAAACAACAAUCGAUUUACAUUUCAGAUUCGAAAAAUCAUCGUGUUAUGAAAUGGAAAAAAGAUGCACAAGAAGGAAUUGUUGUUGCCGGGGGAAAUGGUCAAGAAAGUCAAUUAAAUGAACCUAAAGGAAUCAUUGUUGAUGACUUUGAUCGAGUUUAUGUUGUAGAUGAAGGAAAUCAUCGAAUAAUGCGAUGGAUCGAAGGAGAAGGGGAAAUUAUUGUUGGUGGAAAUGGAAAAGGAACCCAUUCCAAUCAGUUGAAUCGUCCCACUGGUUUGACAUUUGAUCUUCACGGUAAUCUUCAUGUUGUUGAUUGGGGAAAUCAUCGAAUUCAAAGAUUUGAUUUAAUUUCGGAAGAAAAAACAGUUUGA